CGGUCAGAAGAACCGUUCUGCCCAUCACUAGUAUGCGGGCGGUCGCGUGACGCCGUGCAAGUGUUAGUGGUGGAGGGAGGGGAUGAGGGGAGGCAAGCGACGCCGCACCGGUACCUCGCACCGCCUCCAGGCAGCAGCACUCUUCCUCCACCGGCGGUUCGCGCGCAGUUGAAGCGUCAUCCUCCCAGCCGGCGCCGACGUGGCAUCGUGAACGCCUCUCGUCUGCUAACGUUCGAGUCUUCCAGCUCAGCUACUUACUGUGCCCGCCAACGAGACGGCGCCGCCGACAGCUCAGCGAUGGCCGUCUACAUCCAGCACAAGGACACGGAGCAGGUGCUGGACGUGAAGGAGUCCGACACGGAGCCCGGCGCGGAGGUCGUCCUCUACACGUACUACGCCACGCCGAACCAGCACUGGAAGUUCCGGGACGGCCUCAUCGUCAGCGAGCUGUCCGGGCUGGCGCUGGACGUGGACGCAGCCAGCGGCAAGCUGGUGACCGCCGCGGAGAGCGGCGCCCCCAGCCAGCGCUGGACGCCGGAGGACGGCGGGCUGCUGCGCAACGGCGACGGCCGCUUCCUGACGGCCGUCUACCCGGAGGCGGAGGACGGAGACGUCUCGCUGGCCGCCUCGCCCGAGCGCUGCGACCAGCCGGCGGCGCAGGAGUUCGCCCUGGUGCCCGCCGAGGCCUCGUAGCCGCCGGCUCGCACGCCUCUCCUCGUAGCGUCGCUCGCCUCUGCUCACCACGUGCCUCUGUCAUUUGUACUCUAUGAUCAUAGAUAGCGAUAACCAUUAAAUAGAGGGGGAUAGUCCAGCCUGAGAUUAGGGAAAUAUGCUGAUCGAGCAUAAGGUCCGGUUCUUGACGAGGGGAGUGAAGCCAAAGGGGAAGAGGGAUUUCAGUGUACUACACGUACCAAUAUGGUGGCCGUUUGUUUACAUAUGUAUCAGCUGUACCUGUAUUGGGUGUUAAAUUGGAUAAAAAUUUCGACUCAUAUCAUUACAUAUGUAUUAUAAAGAUUCGUGCUGGAUUUUUAAUUUACAUAAACAUAUUAACCAGUAAAUAUUUUGAUCUAAUUUUUUUCCGAGCAGUCUUGACUACGGGCGUUAAUAAAAGAAGGCUAGAACAGCUGAUACAAAUGUAAACAAACAUCCACCAAAUUGGUAUUUGAAAAUCAGAAGAAAAGAUUAUGAUCCAUCUGGAUACUUUUCCUAAUCUCGGUAGCCAGGGGGUUGCCACGUCCGCAUGUGUAUAUGGUAACCGGGUGAAGCCGUUUUCUUCCCACAGAAAAUGGUCUGCACCAUGUUAGACGCCCAAAACAUUGUCUGCAGUGUAGUGCUUGCAUUUUGGAUACAGUUAGAAAUAUCUUUAGUUUAUGGAAGUGAUUGUGUUUUAAUGACGGAGAGUCAAAUCCGUACUUACUAACCAUAUCAGACGGGAAAAGCACUAUUUCCGCAAUGUUUUGAGCGGAACAAUAUGUCACCUACGUCACAGUAUGCCAUCUUCUGACAAUUCUUAACUCCUUGGGGAUAGCAACAUCAAGACUCAUCUUUGAUUCCCAGUUUUUUUUAGAUUAUUACUGGUUUGAUGGAAAUUCGCGUUCUUCAAAGCAAAAAGCACAUAUUGAAAGAUUUCAUGAGAUUGUAAAAAAAAAAUUCUGUGUAUAUUGUUACAGUAGUGGGUGCAGAAGCUUGUGAAUGUUUUUGUUGUCUUUUUCCCCGUUUGGAUCUGCCACUUUUAGUAAUUCAUAAAAUUGGCUUCAAUAAUGAACAUCAAUGACUUGACAAGGAAAAAAUCUCUGUAAAAGAAAAUCACUGUCUACGCCAGACAUUACAGUAAAUAUUUUGUUUGUCUAAAUGAAUUAAAAAUUUGAAAUUGUAAAUUAUAAUGAGUUUUUUAUGACCAAAACAUUGUUGAGUUCAAGAUAGAGUUUGCCUAAGACGUGGUAUCAAUUUGUUUUGGACGUGAAACGGAUACAAUGUUAAACAGCAGUUGGAGAAUAUUUAAACUACUAGCUGUAGUCAUGGAAAGAUCAUUUAAAUGUAACUUUCUAAUGUUAUUCGUCCACGAUUAAACUUUAACAAUGUUUCAACAUAACCAAAACAUUUGGACGAAAAUAGUUACCUUGUACGCCUUAGUACCUAAAUAUUUUAAAAGUUGUAUUCGUAAAAUUUUCUUUCACUGCAUGUUUUUAGUUUGUCGCAGAGGUUUGAGGAUGUACAAUUGCAUUUUUAUAGUUCCUUUAGGAAAUGUUUGAUGGAUGAGAAGAAUAAAGAUGUAUAUUUUUGGCAAGUUUAAGUUAUUAAAAAUAAAAUACAUAUAUACACAAUGAUAACAAA